ACCUUGCUGAGCGUCCAGGCCUUCUUGUCGUUUUCGCUUGUUUUACUAGUUGUCGAAUUUUUUUUACAAAUUUUACUCAAAAUGAAGAUAGAAGAAGUAAAGAGCACAACAAAAACACAAAGAAUAGCAGCCCAUAGUCACAUUAAGGGUCUUGGGUUGGAUGAAAAUGGCUUCGCUCACCCUAUGGCGUCUGGUUUAGUCGGCCAAGAAACAGCACGUGAGGGCUCAGGCGUGAUUGUCGACUUGAUUCGAUCCAAGAAGAUGGCUGGAAGAGCGGUGUUACUGGCUGGGCCACCAGGUACUGGAAAGACUGCAUUAGCACUUGCCAUUGCUCAGGAGCUGGGCCCUAAGGUCCCCUUCUGUCCAAUGGUUGGCAGUGAAGUUUACUCAACAGAAGUGAAAAAGACAGAAGUGCUCAUGGAGAACUUUAGGAGAGCAAUUGGUCUGCGUAUUAAGGAGACAAAAGAAGUGUAUGAGGGUGAAGUCACAGAGCUAACACCCUGCGAAACAGAAAACCCAAUGGGAGGGUAUGGCAAGACAGUGAGCCAUGUUGUGAUUGGUCUUAAAACAGCAAAAGGAACAAAGCAACUGAAGCUUGACCCCUCCAUCUAUGAAAGUCUUCAAAAAGAAAAGGUUGAGGCCGGAGAUGUUAUUUAUAUUGAAGCAAACAGUGGAGCAGUCAAGCGUCAAGGUCGAUCUGACACAUUCGCUACAGAGUUUGACCUGGAGGCGGAGGAAUACGUGCCUCUACCAAAGGGAGAUGUCCAUAAAAAGAAAGAAAUUGUUCAAGAUGUCACCUUACAUGAUCUUGACAUUGCCAAUGCAAGACCUCAGGGUGGACAGGAUAUCUUAUCCAUGAUGGGGCAACUAAUGAAGCCAAAGAAGACAGAAAUUACAGAUAAACUUCGAAAAGAGAUAAAUAAGGUUGUGAAUAAGUACAUUGACCAGGGCGUGGCAGAGCUUGUUCCUGGGGUGCUGUUUGUUGAUGAGGUGCACAUGCUUGACAUAGAGUGCUUCACCUACCUCCAUCGUGCCUUGGAGUCAACCAUCUCCCCUAUUGUUAUCUUUGCUACAAACCGCGGUAACUGUACAAUUAGGGGUACAGAGAUAUCAGCACCCCAUGGCAUACCCCUGGAUCUACUUGACAGGGUAAUGAUUGUGCGCACGCUGCCCUACUCACAAGACGAGAUGAUGCAGAUCACAAAAAUACGUGCACAGAUAGAGGGGAUCCAGGUUGAUGACGAGUCGCUUGAGCUCCUUGGUGAAACAGGAACCAAGACCACUCUCAGAUAUGCCGUACAGCUUCUUACACCUGCAAAUCUACUUGCCCGCAUAAACGGCCGUGACACUAUUAAUAAGGGCGACGUCGAGGAGAUCAACGAGUUGUUUUACGAUGCCAAAUCCUCAGCCAAACUCCUAGCCGAACAAGCUGACAAAUACAUGAAGUAAACCCCACCGAUCGCGGGGAGACCCCCUCAAAUCAAGAGAGGGACACUCUCUACGGGACGUCUGAAAAACAGUGUCGAACACCUGAAUGAACUUUGUAUUGAUAGUGCAUGUGUGUAUGUAAAUAAAGCAUAAGUCCAUCGUU